AUGAAAUCCUUCGUGGAGGUCGCCGAGUUCUAUGAGCACCUAACCCAUCAUAUCGUCCCAGGGCCCAACAGCUACAGCUACUUCGUUCCCUUCCUGCUUCUCCCACUCGCUUUACUCACACCGCCAUCUGUGUUGUCCCGGAGUCAACUGGCUUUCCUGUUUCUGCCUGCCAUAUUUGCCUGCCAAAUCCAUUCCUGGUACGCCGCCGGCAUCGAUGUCAUCUCCGUGGACCUGGCCCUCUGGAGCUUCGUCCUCCUGGUAUGUCGAGAUCCGCGCAAGACACACCGGCGCAUAUGGAUUUCCACACCUUCGGUUUCCGAUGAGAAACGCCCGAGCGAAACGGUAGAAGAUAUCGUUGUCGAAGAAGCGUAUCCCGAAAAAAUGGCACAGCGGAUUCCUUGGGUCUUCACACUGCUAGUAUCUCUGCGACUAACGGGAUGGAAGAUUGGUGAUCCUUCUCAUGAUAAAACCCAGCCACCAGCAAGACUCAGCAGAUCAGCCUUUCUGAGGCACGCAGUAAAAACCGUUGUCCAGAGCUAUCUCAUCCUAGACGCCGCAGCUUUCUACGCUUGGACGGAUCCUUACUUCACCACGUCUGGCAUGGAAGUCGACCAGCCGUUUCCUCCCCCAAACGCGCAAAUGGCAACCUGGCUCGUCACGUUAAGACUGCUGCCUCCACGGUUUCUCAGAUCCUGUGUUCUUGCAGGACAAAUCUAUGCCAUGGUGACCGGCAUGUUCUAUGUCCCCCUAAUCCCAAUGGUAGGACUGAAUGCUGUUGGUAUUCUGCCAUACGAGUGGAGUCCGCACACAUGGCCACUGCCCUUCGGCCGAUUUUCAGCUAUACCGGAAAGGGGACUUCGCGGUUUAUGGGGUGACUGGUGGCAUGGUGUAAAUCGGCAGUUUACUGCGCCUCCAGGACGAUCGUUGGCUCAGGCAUUGGGUAUCCCAACGAAGUCGAUAACGGGGUUUGCGCUGUUAAUGAUAUCGGCGUUUUUCUUUUCCGGUGUCAUGCAUAUGGGGCUGAUUCCACCAGAGCCGGAAACGAGUCUGGUGUCUCCGCGCUGGAUGAGAUUGCAUAUUGCGGGCUUCUUUUGGGCUCAGAUACCAGCCUUUGGCUUGGAGCUCGCGGUGUCGAAGCUCGUUGCUCGCUUCAUCCCGCAAGCAUUGGACUGGUCAAUGACGAGGGCGCUAGUGAUAGCCUGGACGGCUGCAUGGCUGUGUCUGACUCUACCGCUUAUGGCUGUCCCAUUCCGGGAGCUGGGUUACUGGCACUAUCAUCCGGUGCCGGUGAGUCUGCUGCAAGGACUCUCAGGCAAAGGCUUAUGGACGUGGACCUGGUGA